CACAGGCAGACCUUCAUCGUGGGGUGGUACAAACUGGCCCAACAUUCCUCCUGGUGGGACGGCAGCUCUUGGAAAACCACCUCCGGGUCGGGACCCAAAGAGUAGAGCACGGAGUAGGGACUAUUUGAAGCAGUGUCUGCAGGAAAUUUCGUAUUUGACUUCGCCUCAAGCUAUGAAUCCUCUCCCAAACCGACCAUUGAUCAACAAUCCUUCGAUGCCAUUGUCUCUUCCAAAUCUUCCUCCUUUCGAGCAGAUCUACAACGGUCGACCACGUAAAGUCAUGCCAGAAGGCGGGAAAGAAUUCCCUUUGCUCAACGGUAUGAAUAAUAUGUCAGGACCGUCGUCUGCUCCGGCAGGGACAGGGCCCCAGGGAAACCUCGAGCGAGGUAAUCCUAUGGGUUCUAACAUGUUCCAGGGCCCACCAUUACACCAGACCCAGGCCGGCCCGGCAACACAUCAGAUGUCUCAGCAGCAACCGCAAUCUAUGCAGCAACAACAACAGCAGCAACAGCAGUCCUCUAGUCAGCCCCAGCAAGCGCAAGCAUCCAACCAGCAGCAAUCUGAGAAGGAGCAAAAGGAAAAUAGCGACUUUGAAUCUCGUCAGUUGACUGCUAUCUUCCGACCUGAUGAAGCUGGCGAUUGGAAAGAGAAGCUGCGUUCUCAGUACGAGCAGCAAGCGAAGAUGCAUAGAUUGAUAGAUGAUCGACCUGGACAGUAUAUCAGUGGUGCCGCAUCUUGGGACAGACGUUCACGGGAAGAUGAGGAGGAUGUCAAGGAGGACGAAGGUGAGCUUGAGGAAGACGAGUCUACUGUCGUCGGUGAUGGCGAGGAUAGCAAGCUGUGGAAACCAAAACGGACACUCAGGAAUCACUUGGAUGCCGUGCGUGCUCUUGCAUUUCACCCAACCGAACUGUGCCUCGCCACUGGCGGCGACGACUACACUGUGAAAAUAUGGCGAAUGGAUCUUGCCACUUUGGCUUCUUCUGCUACUCGCAAUACGACAGAAGUCGAACCUCAGCUGACACUACGCGGUCACUCGGCGGCAAUCACUCGACUCGUCCAUUCUCCUUCGAAACAGUUGCUCUACUCUGCAUCCCUAGACUCUUCCAUUCGCAUCUGGGCACUGCCAUCAUCCUCGCAUACCACUUACGCUCCUUAUGAUGAGACAAGUGCUCGGGGUGAACUGAUAGGGCACACGGAUGCUGUUUGGGACCUCGCACUUGUCAGGGAUGAGAGCACUCUUAUUAGUUGCGGUGCUGAAGGUGCCGUGAAGAUCUGGGAUGUCAGCGGCCCCUCUGGAGGUGGCUCGUUGAGGUUGACGUGGGGGUACCAUGGCUUGGACAGCGUAGAACACGUGGCGGAGGACGCUGAUGCGCCCGGCGCUACCGCUGUAGAAGCGAUCAAAGCUGAUCUCAAGAAAGUGGCAGUUGCUUAUCAAAAUGCAGUGGUAAAGAUUUUCGACAUCGAAAGUGGCAAGGAGCUGUCUCGACUGCCAACUGAUGGGACCUACAACGGUUCUCCGGCCACGCAGAUCAAUCGUAUUGUCUCGCAUCCGACCAUGCCCAUUAUUGUUACAGCUCACGAGGAUAAUCUUAUACGGAUAUCUGAUAUUACGACAGGGCAAUGCACACACACAAUGCCAGCGCAUUUAGACGGUAUUACUUCGCUCUCCAUUGAUGCGGCAGGUUUUUCCCUCGUCUCUGGAAGUCAUGACUGCUCCAUACGAUUCUGGGACCUCUUGGGUUCUCGGACGUGCACGCAAGAACUCACGACACAUCGUGAGAAGGCUCGUGAGGGUGUGCUCGAUGUGGAGUUCCAUCCAUCGUUACCCUUCAUGGCCAGUGCGGGAGCGGAUGGCGUGGUCAAGCUCUAUGCGUCGUCGUCGUAAAGGCAUUUAAUAUUUUUUCCACUGUGCACACUGUUAUUCCAUAGACGAUGGUACGUAUACGAAGGAUGGGAAUGUUUUUGGUACAUCUGGUUUUCUCCUGUACAUUCUUUUGUCCAUCUUUUUAUAUAUUAAUGACUUGUUACGACCUAGACUGACGUUUCAGCGUCGCUGAAAUUGAAGUAUAAUCUCU